GAAAUUACCUCACUACUCUCCCUCCCUCCAUCGCCUAUCCUCUCUCCCUCCCCUCCCCUCCCUAGGGUUUCGCCUCCGCCGCCGCCCACCGAGCUCCCGCGCCGGCCGCCGACCAGAUCGACCUCGGCACACGCCCCCGGCCUCCAGCUUCUGAGCCCCUAGCUAGAUCGGGGUGGGGGCCCCUCCCCUCACAGACAAGAUGAUCGACAUGGUUUCAGCUGUCCAAGAGCUUAGUGGGCUGACCACCAGGGAGCUUAGUGACAUGCUCAAGGAGUCAGACAGCUUCGUCUUGCGGUCCAAGCCGGAAGGCGGAGGUCCAGAGCAGGUGGACAUGGAGAAGCUUGUGUCAUCGCUUCCUCUCCAUCUUCUUGCUGCAAGUUUGGAUGCCGGAAGAGGUUCAGAUUUGACAUAUGUGCUCCGCGGCGUGCGCUUCUUGCAUUGUCUGUCUGAGCUUGCAACUCGCCACACAAAGCUCGAGCAGGUUCUUCUCGAUGAUGUGAAGUUAGCUGAACAAGUUAUGGACCUGAUAUUCUUUGUGCUAUCCAUUCUGUCCCACUGGAAGAAGGAAGAUCAUCUCGGUGCUUCUCCCUUCAUACAUUCGUCACUUGUAGCGGCGAGUCUUCAUCUGAUGACAAGUUACUUCUCAUCUCAGUGGCAUGAACUUGUUCAUAUUCUUCUUACACAUCCAAAGGUUGAUAUCUUUAUGGAUGUAGCCUUUGAUAGUCUGCAUGAAGAUACGCGGUUAUUGAGUGUCAGGCUAUCAACAUUGGGCACCAAAGCCUUUCCUGUUGGUCCUUUUGACUCACAACUCACUUACUUCAUAUGCCAACAGUGCGAAGCAUCAUUACAAUUUCUUUUGUCACUGUGCCAGCAGAAGUUAUUUCGUGAUCGUAUUUUGAAAAACAAGGAGCUCUGUAGAAAUGGAGGAAUACUGUCACUGUCGUUUACGAUAUUGAAGUUAGGUGUUCCAGAAUGGCUGAAAGGAUCAACUGAUAUCGCUUCUUCCAUUUCCAGACAGAAGGCUAAAAUCCUUUCUAUUUUGUUACAACUGUGUGAAUCUGAAAGUAUUUCUUACCUCGAUGAAGUCGCCACUUUACCGAAGAGCAUGCAACUAGGGCUGGAGGUUCUUGAUUUGCUGAAGACCGCAUUUGGAAGGAAACAAAAACCUGCUGCCGGUUCCCAUGAUAAGAGUUACCCCAUGGGUUCUGUGCUUAUCAGUGCAUUGCGUCUCGUUGACGUCUUCUCUGAUGAUUCAAACUUUAGAUCUUCCUUCAUAACUAAUACCAUUCCCUUUCUGACGCAAAUUUUGGCGACUCCUCAUGAUGAGUUUGUCUCGAGUUGGUGCUCUGUCGAUCUGCCAGUGCUGGAAGAUGAUGCUAAUCUGGAUUAUGAUCCAUUUGGUGCAGCUGACCUGGCAUUAUUAGCUGCUUCAAAUAUGCUGACUGAAGCCAAAGUUAACUAUUCAUGCAAUUUUCGCUCUAUCAGUAUGCCUUCCAUACAAUAUGCACAGACCAGAACAUCCUGUGUGGUGAAAAUAAUAGCAAAUUUGCACGUCUUUGUUCCAAACAUUUGCGAAGAGCAAGAAAGAGACCUCUUUCUUCAGAAAUUUCAGAAAUACUUGUUACCAGAGAGUCCCAAGCCAUCAUUGGACCAUCCAGCAGCUGAUGAAGUCACUAUAGUUUGUACAAACUUAGGAUCUUUGUCCCAUUAUGCUAAAUCAUUAAUCCCUGGUAACUUGUUAAAUGAGGAAGAUGUGCAACUAUUAAGUGAUUUUGCUUAUAAGUUGCAACGUUGGUGUAAAUCGCAAGUUGGACAGAGAAUAUCGCAGGUGGCAAAAGGUGACGUCACAUCAGAAAUGAAGGUAGACUUGCAACCGGUGCAGCAGCCCCAGGCAACAAGGGCUAGUGUUCCAGACCCCAAUAUGGAUGGCCCUCCUAAGGAUGUGCAAAACAUCGAAGAGUCUAUGGCGACACCCCCCAUGAAACAAGACGGAAAUGCUAGGGAUGAGACUCCAAGAAACCGUGCCAGUAUAAAUGGUGGGCUCCUGCAAAAUUCAGUCGGUCAGAACCUAAUCCAUCUUGGCGUUGCGAGAACGACUAGCGCGGGCUAUCCGGGUGCCAGUACUGCUACCAGCAUGGAGGUCCCACGCUGCAGAAGUGUAGACCAUUUCAAAACACCAGAACCUACCAAGGAAAGUUUUCGGGACGAGGAUGAGAGGCAGCCUAGUAGGAGAGGAAAGAAGCGAACUAUCAUGAAUGACGGGCAGGUAAAUGAAAUUGAGAAUGCUCUGGUUGAUGAGCCUGAGAUGCAUAAGAAUGCCGCUUCCCUUCAGACAUGGGCAGAGAAGCUGAGUGGGCAGGGUGCAGAGAUCACAUCAUCGCAACUAAAGAAUUGGCUGAACAACAGAAAAGCAAAGCUCGCUCGUAUCGCGAAAGAAAGAGGAGUACCAUACGAGGGCGAGGGUGCCGACAAGUCAUCUACACCAGCUACUUCUCAGUUGGGUGACUCAUCGGAGAGUGCCGGCGAGGAGAGCUAUCUGCCGCCUUCAAGAGUGCUGAAUGCUCUAGGCUUAUCCAACUCCAAGGGCAGCAGCAGGCUCCUUACCCCAGACUCCAGCGAGCCAAGUACACAAGACAUGACGACGAGCCGCCCCUUCACAAGAUCAUUGUCAUUCGAGCCUGGCCGCCCCGUUCUGCUGAUUGACAACGAAGGGAACGAGGUCGGCAGGGGCGAGAUCUUCCAGGUCGAGGGUAGGGCGCAGGGAAAGAGCCUGGCGGAGAGCCACAUCUGCAUCGUCGACGUCACCGAGCUCAAGGUCGAGAAGUGGAGCGAGCUGCCCCACCCUUCAGAGGCAUCUGGGAGGACGUUCCUGGAGGCGGAGUCGAGGCACGGCGGCGUGAUGAGGGUGGCCUGGGAUGUCGUCAGGCUCGCUCCGGUGGCGAUGUAGGGUGGUUGGUUCUCUUUUGUGGUGUCGGGAAUGUAGAAAGAAGCUGCCCUCUGCCCCGUCUGGGUGGGCGUCGAGAAGGUAGAAACAGCGAGUAGGGAGAAGCUUCAGUCAAUCUAGGGGAUCUGAAGCCAUGACUGAAUCGUGGAGGGCGGCUCUUAUUGUAACUAAUGGAAAUGCCUCCCUGUUUAUCAUGUGUCAAAGACUAUAUGUGUAUCCUUAUGUUGCACCCUCUUUCUUAGGGUUGGUUUACUAAUUCUGCUAUAUCCGUUGCAACGCUAGUAUGUUAGCCAUGUGACAUACAACCAAAUGUAUCUUUUCUUUCUGAUAACUGAGAAUGUUGAUAAGAAA